AUGGACAAAAUAAGGAGGACUAUGGCGAAGGGCCGGGUUCUAGCCGGGGCAAACACGAGGAGCAAGUACGCGGGUCUAGAUAUUGCAAAGAAGUUGGGGUUUCCCUUCGUACACAAGCUUUUCCUCGCGGAACAGCAGUUGCAGCCGACGUCGGAGGUCCCGAUGGUGUUCAUGAUGACCGUACAAGGCCGGGGGUCAGGCCUGCACGUCGCUAGAGAGAUGAGCGUUCCGGGGAGCGACUUGUACUUUAGCACAGCUUAUAUAGACGCCCAAAAGGUCACCGCGGAAGACGAGGUGUUGACGCGGAUAAGCACGUACUCCCACGUUCAGAGGAGGAUGCUAACGAUCGCUUCGGCGCUGAUAGAGUCGGAGAGCAAGAAGAACAUGGUUGCGUUCAUGAAGGAGCUGAAAAAGAUCUGCCUAACCGGCUGGCCUGCGGGAGGGCAAGAUGGGGAGGGUUUCUGGGAGGCAAUCGCGCCAUUCGCGCUGGAUUUUUGGAGGUUGUGCUCCGACGCUGCGGAGGGGCCUGCGGCAGCGUACAGGGCGGUGGUCUCUAGCGGGGAGGGUCGGGGGGCGCUCGUCCAAUGCGAGAUGCACUUUAAAAAGGACCUGAGGAAUGCGGAGCACAACCUGCCGGAGGACUUGCGAGGUCACCACAGGUCCUUGGUGAGGAUGUGGUUGGUGUCCGAGACGGACGAGCAGUGGAAGUCGAGGUUCCACGCUCUGCUGGACUGGUACGAAGCAAAGUUACAGAACAACAAAACGGCGAAAAGAAAAAUGUGCAACUGGGCGGCGUUCUGGAGAUUCAAGUCCAAGGAGCUGAAGGCGUGGUCGAUGCCUGAGAACGUGAAAUUUUUGGAGGAGGAGUGGGUAGCAGUGAAUCCGUCCGCUAAUUUGGCCGAGAUCGUGAACGCUAUUUUCUGGUUCUUGGUGGGAGGGAAAGGGCCGUAUCUACCAAGGGGGGAGGUGAUUCUGAACGAGGGAACGGGCGGCGUGUUGCAAAUCGCGCGAACAGUGGAAUUUGAGGAGACGGGCUACACGGGGCAGGGCCCGACGCUAGAGGAAUUGCGAGCGAGGGGUGAGGAGAGGAAAAAAAGCGUGGAAACGCAACGGGAGAACGCACGGCGGAUGUCUGGAGCGGCCCUAGGAGAUGUCGCGAGAGGGGCGGGUCUUGCGACCGGGACGGUUGGGGGUGGGGUGAGGAACGUGGUCUCAAAAACGGCGUGGGCGGCAUCAAGUCCAGGAUCCGCGGGGGUGGAAAGCACGCACAGACAUGACCGGGUCUUAAAGGAAGUGGAUAACAGAACGAGGGAGAAGGGAAAGGGGAAGCAAUCUGGAGCAGAGGAGGGUGGAGAGGACGGAGGGGUCAAGGGCAGCAGGUAUUACGAGGAGCUGGCGAUUGGAAUUUCGGAGGGGAAAAAACAGCUGGAGGAUCUACCGCUGGAGGAGAAAGAGCGUGUAGUUGAACUGCAGAGGAUGGCUGCUGCUGGAGCAGCCAAGGGGGCGGCGGGCGCGAGACCGCAACCAGCCGACACACCGGGCCCAAGUAAUGCGAAUACGCAGCAGACUGGGGAGCAGGCAAAAGAAGCAGCAGGCCCGAGUGCUCCUAGGAGGGAAGAAGAGCCACGAGUAGCGGAGGCAGCGGGGCCUAGACAAGGUGAAUGGGAGGACGAGGACGAGGUGAUGGGAGAGGGUGGAGAAAGAAGUACUGAGGCGAUAGGGGCGGCUGAUGAGGCAGAAGAAGAGCUAAUCCGGAGGAGAGCAGUAAAACGGCUGCAAGAGAAGAAUUUGGGGAGAAAGGCGUCCUGGUCAGAUGAGUUUGGAGCUGAGGGCUCGGAACGGGGGGGUGCGAAAGAAGGGGGUACGAAGACGGGGUCAGAGAGCGUGGCACUGCCUGGGGACGAGAAAUACGAGGAAGGAGAAUGGGGGGUUUGUCGAUUGAAGAAAGGUGAUGGCUCAGGGUGCGUCGGGGUAAAAAUCGGCGGGGGAAGAUGCGAGACAACGAGCUUUGAAGCCCAGAGGUAUCACGGAGCAUCGGGGGUGUUGGUGUUGAUGCGCCAAGCGUUCCGCCACUUCGGCCUACAAAACAGGCAGGGAGAGUACGAGAACACGGGCAUGAAAUACAUGUCUUACGCGAAGAUGUGCAUUGACGGCCCGUGCGACAGUCGCCAAGGAACCAACAAAAGUCUCGUGGACAAGACGACGCCGGAAAAGGGGAACGAGGUGGGGAUUUUCGAGGGGACUCUCCUGAGUGACUCGGAGCUCGCAUGGCUGCGACAAGCGGGGUGGAAAGUAAACCCGUUCUACAUCAUCAGCCUACAAAAGGUCCACUCGGAGCAAGUGACGUAUAAGGGGCAGGUCAAGCAACGGGGAAAACCGCCCCGGAACGACGGGUUGAGCGACGUCGAGAACGAGUCGGAACGGCAGCGGCGGCAACGGGAGGAGGCUGCUGCGCGACGAGCGGAGAGGGAAUUGGAGAGAGAGAAGAAGGAGGUGGAGAAGGAGAUGGGCAAACGGCCGAGCGAGCGUCCAGAGGGAAGGAAGGUGAAGAAAGUGGGAAGGGUGAUCAGAGAUAUGGAAACGCGGCUGGAGCAGGCGCUGGAGAUGGAAAGUACUGUGCACGUGGAGAAGUACGUGCAAAGGGAGUCGAUUGAAGUUCUGGUCGAAGAAGCCUCAGCGCUGUUUUCGACGAGAAUAGGAGGGAGGUACAGGGUUACGAUAGACGCCGCCCCGAGGUGUGACGAGAUUUGUCCGGAGUACGUGGAGAUGAAGGAAAAGAAGUCGGGGAGCUGGGUCCACUGCAGACACGUGUACGCGGUGCUGCGGGUGGGACUGAGGCUGUUCGACUUCACUGACGGAGACGACACAGGGGUGCCGUUGAUCCACCAGGCUACGUUUUCGGAAAAGGAGCUUAGAUCGAUUCUGUCACAGGGCCUAGACGUCAAAGCGAUGGGGGGAGAAUUAAUGGAAUACGCAACAGAAGAAGAGUAG